AUGAAUUUCGCUUCUGUGGUGAAGGGUAGCCUUCUUAUAGGGCUGGCCGCCGCCCAAACAGGAGUCACCGGCCCCAUUGCCGAAAAAUGCGGCCCUUCGGUCGUAUGCGUCAACAAGUAUGGGAAUAUUCUCCCUGAUCACUUCUAUCGCAAUGUAUCCACCAUGGAAGCCGUGACAACAUUCGGCGACACGACCGUAGCCAACGGGACGCACCUAGACAGCAUCAAGACCGCCGAUUUCAUCGUCUACGAUCGCGAACGUGGACUCGACAUACUGGGUCCCAAACCCAGCUACGAGUUCGUCUUCCGCGUCAACGAAGCCGUCCACGAAGCACCGGUCUACGUCGAGUCCCAAAGCAAACUGUACCUGUCGCAGCUUGCGCCGCCGACGGGCUAUCUGCCCCAGCUCGUGGUAGACUUGAACCACGACCCGCCGACUCUGUCGGAGUUCCUCUCCGACCCGCCCGUGUAUGCGCCUAACGGCGGGACAUUCCACGACGGGAAGAUCGUGUGGGGCGCGUCGGGUGGAAACCGGUCGAUUGGCGGCACUGAGCAGCGGGUGUCGCUGAGGACGUUGGAUCCGAAGACGGGGAAGACUGCCAUGCUGGUUAAUAAUUACUUCGGAUAUUAUUUUAACACGAUUGAUGACGUGGCGGUUCAUCCGAAGACUGGGGAUAUCUGGUUUACUGACCCUCAAUACUCAUGGUUCAAUGACCUCACCGACACUCCUCCUCAACUUCCAAGUGCUAGCUACAGAUUCAACGCGUCCUCAGGUGCGGUCAUCGUGGUCGACGAUAGCAUUGGGCAACCUAAUGGCAUUGCGUUCACCCCCGAUGGCUCGACUGUGUACAUCAGCGAUACAGCUGCGGUGAGCGCACCGGUUGAUCCGAAAUACGGCCACCCCGGAGGGUCUUACAAUACCACUCACCGAAGAACGAUCUACGCCUUUAACGUUAGUGAAGAUGGAACAAAAGCCUCUAACAGACGCCCCCUCUAUCUGUCUCCCGGCUUCGUGCCUGACGGGUUGAAGGUGGCUCAGAAUGGGUAUAUCCUCACUGGGGCUGGAAUGGGGGUCGAUGUGCUCGAUCCGUCUGGUCAGCUGCUUUUGACGAUCCAGACCAAUUAUACUGUGCAGAACUUUGCGUGGACUGGGCCUGAGUACAAGACACUGUGGCUGAUGGGAAAUGGGGGGAUUAGCAAGGUUGAGUGGGAACUUGCUGGUCAACGGUUGACUUAA